AUGCAGUACAUAAGGGAUUUUGAUGAAAAGGCAUAUGAGUAUCUUGCAAACAUUGCACCUGCACAAUGGACAAGGUCACACUUCACUACUAGGGCCUUAACAGAUUGUUUGGUAAAUAAUUUGAAUGAGUCUUUUAAUGCAAUGAUAUUGAAGUCUAGGGACAAGCCUAUCUUGGCAAUGUUGGAGUGGAUUAGGGUUAGACUUAUGACUAGGCUUUACACAAAAAGGGAAGGGAUACAGAAGUAUACUAGAAAGUUGUGUCCAAGCAUACAAGAUAGGUUGGAGAAAUUGAAGGUUGAAAGUAAGCCAUUUAGUGCUACCCCAGCUGGCAAUUUCCUUUAUGAGGUAGGCAGUCAGUAUGAGAGGCAUAUAGUUGAUUUGGUGAAGAAGACAUGUAGCUGUAGGUCUUGGGAUUUAAAUGGCAUUCCCUGCAAACAUGCCAUAACAGCCAUUUAUAUAAACAUUGAGACACCAAAAGACCAUACCUACCCAUGCUACUUCAAAGAAACUUAUAUGGAGAUAUACAAGGAGGUACUUCCUCCCAUGUCUGGCCUGUCAGAAAAGGCUAAGACUGGACAGCCUGCUCCCCUGGCACCUCACAUAUACAAACCACUAGGCAGACCACCCAAGCAAAGCAAGAGAGCUUCUGAUGAGCCUAGGAACCCUUACAAAGCAAGUAGGCUGAACAGACCUAUAAGAUGUGGGAAAUGUAAAAAGGAAAGGCAUAACUCAAAAGGGUGCAAGGCUGGCAUCACUGGGGAGACACCAUGGCAGUGGAGACAGAGACUUCAAAGAGAAAAAGCUAUAAGCAAGGGGAGGGGUGCCUGCACCUCAGCCUGCACCCCAGCCACCAUCCCAGCAACCUACCCAGACCUACAACAUGAUGUCUACCACUCAGCCUUCAUCCUCACACUUUCACAUGCAAAUAGGAGCACUGGUGGUGUGAGGACUAGAGGACAGCUUGCUGCACAAAGGCCACCAAAAAUGAAUUCAGUGGGUGGAAAGAGGAAAGAGUAA